AUGCUCACAAAAGAGCACCCUGUAGCACCAAAACCGACAACCCUAAGCCCGAUUGCAGUGCUUCCGCCAACACCAACCAACGAACUUCCUGCACCACCGAAACCAACUACCUUAACAAAGACCGUGUGGCAACCAACAGCUGGAACGAUAUGGCAAAUUGAACUCGGCGGCACUGUGUCUGAUCUCAUACAUCCUGCUAACGUUUUCGACGUGGACCACUAUGAUACCCCUGCAGCCACCAUCAAGACUGUGAAGGGCAAUGUCAAGAAAACCGUCUGCUAUUUCUCUGCGGGGACAUCUGAGAAAGGGAGUCCGCUGCAGGGUUGGCCAGGGGAGUUUUGGCUUGACACCAAAUCCCCCAAUGUCCGAUCUAUCGUGACAUCUCAGAUUAAAAUGGCGCAAGACAGAGGCUGCGAUGGCCUCAAUCCUAAUAAUGUCGAUUGUUAUGACAAUUCAAACAAGUUAGGUCCUUCCCCAGCCGCCGCAAUCAAUUAUAUGUACUAUAUGGCCAACGAGACCGCAGGCAGUAUUUUUGGUGAUGUUCUGCCAGUCGUGGAAUGGCACGUUAACGAGCAAUCACCGAAUAUCACACUGGAUGUGAAAACAAAGAUUUUCAAUACCUCUUUUACGAAGGGGUUCUCUACUGUCUGGAAGAUAAUGAAUCUAGAUGCUUGGAUUGAUCCUUGCACUUGA